AUGAUCGAAUAUCGCUUCUUCAACGACUCGCUGGCACUGAAUAUUUAUGCUUUUUUCAAGCCGAUUUUCGUCAAAACUUUGGAUGAACAAUGUGCUGAUUUUGAAGGAAUCGAGGAUUCCGAAAGAAUUCUUUUACAAGGAAUCAUUUACCUGAUCAUUGGCACAUCAUUCGUCAUUUUGUAUCUUCUUUGCCUUGUUGCGAUGGCUCAACAAAAAUUCAUGAAAAUCAUUUGCUACAGGAUACUG